AUGAGGCCCGCCAGCCUCGCGGCGGGGAUUCGUCGCCUGCCGGCAUGCCAGGAAGCGGUUCUCGCCCUGUGCCGGCGAGGAAGACUCGAGGAAGCUCUGCGGGCCGUCCGCGUCUGCGACCCUCGCUCGGUGGCUUCCUGCGUCUACUCGUCCCUUCUGCAACUGUGCACCGAUUUGAGGGCCGAAAGAGAAGGAAGAUCGCUCCACGAACUCAUCGCCGCCGCCGCUCGAUCGGACUUGUACUUGGAGACGAAGCUCAUCAUCUUCUACGGGAAGAUCGCCGACCCCAACUCUGCCCGGAGAGUGUUCGAUGGAAUGCCCAGCAGAAGCGUCGUCUCCUGGAGCGCCAUGAUCUCCGGGUACGCCCGGAAGGGACUGGCAGAGGAAGCAUUGGAGAUCUUUGUAUUGAUGCAGCGGGCUGGAUCGAAGGCGAACCAGUUCACCUACGGAAGCGUCCUCAGGGCGUGCACGGAGAUGCUCUGCAUGGGGAGAGGGCAGCAGAUUCAUGGGCGCAUCGCCAAGACCCGAUUUGCAGAGAAUCCUUUCGUGCAGAGCGCCCUCGUGGAUCUUCAUUCUAAAUGCGGCCUGAUCGGGGACGCUAGGAGGCUGUUCGAUGAGAUCGAGCACAAGGACGUGACCUCCUGGAACUCCAUGAUCGGAGGAUAUGCAGUCCAGCGCCGUGAAGGUUUCGCAUUUCGGCUUUUCAAGUCCAUGUUGAAAUAUGGUAAUCCCCUUGGCCUGCUCUGUUCAAUCUGAAAUAAAUGGCUUGGUGCUCCGGUACGCUGACUUUCGACGCGCCACCGACUGGGCAGGUUUUCUCCCCGAUCAUUUCACCUUUGCGAGCGUUUUGAAGGCGUGCAGCGGGAUUAGAUGUCUGGCGAUGAUCUUCCAGAUUCAUGUGUUCGUCCUCAAGUCGGGUUUCGAACAUCAGGAGCUCGUCGUCGGAUCGUUCAUCGACGCGUAUGUAAAGUGCAGGAAUGUUGACUGCGCGAGGCUCUUGUACGAUUCUCUCCCGGACAAGGAUCUCAUCUCAUCCACCGCCAUGAUCACCAGCUAUGCUCGUGGAAAUGGCGGCGGCGGCGAGGACCCGCUGAAGUUGUUCGCUCUGGUGAAUCAGACCUGCGCAGAAACAGACGACGUCAUCGUCUGCACCAUCCUGAGCGCGUGCGCCAAUCUCCUCUCUGUGAGCAUGGGACGACAGAUCCAUGGUUUCACCUUCAAAAAGCUGCCUGGUUACGACGCCGCAGUGGGCAACGCCCUCAUCGAUAUGUACGCCAAGUCCGGGGAACUCGAGGAUGCUCGUAGAGUAUUUGAAGAAAUGCCUCUUAGAAAUGUGAUCUCCUGGACUUCGAUGAUCACCGCAUGCGGGCGCCACGGGCACGGGAGAGCUGCCCUCACCUUGCUCGAAAAGAUGGAGAGCGAUGGAUGCACGCCUAAUGACGUCACUUUCUUGGCCGCUCUCUCUGCCUGCGGCCACGCAGGGUUGACCGACGAAGGGUGGAGAUUAUUCAACUCCAUGGUCGUUGAACAUGGGAUUCUCCCCAGAUCUGAGCACUAUGCCUGCUUCGUUGACCUGCUUGCUCGCGGAGGUCGCCUGGAAGAGGCCUACGACUUCGUCCGGAAGAUGGCGGCCGAGCCCAGUUCAUCGCUAUGGGGGGCUCUGCUGGGAGCCUGCAGAGUUCAUGGCGACGUAUCUCUGGGGGAGAUCGCAGCCGUCCGUCUCUUUCAUCUGGAACCCGAGAGCUCGGUCAACUACGUCGUUCUCUCCAAUAUAUACGCCUCGGCUUGCCUGUGGGAGGAUGCGAUGAGCACGAGGAGGCGGAUAGAUGAGAGAAGCAUACAGAAGAGCUGCGGUUACAGCUUGAUCCACUCGGUGAGGAAGAGAGAAGUUCCUCUUUUGGAAAAUAAUUAG